ACUCUUUGCAUGGAGACUCCCUGGAGGCGCCGGCGCUCUUGGCAAACCCAGGAAGGGGCGGGAUUUAGUGGAGUUGAGUCGGACUAAAGGGAGGUACCUGGUUUGUGGCUGUUUGUGGUAGAGUGGAGGCCUUAACGCUUGUAGUUUGGAAAGUUAGAUCUCUGAGCUUUAAACCCUACUCAAGCAGCAUCGUAAAUUGGAAAAAAAAAAAAAAAAUCAGUGAAGCCAUUUAUUGUAAAACCGACAUUUGGAAGUAGACCAAGCCUUAAAACAAAACCUGUCACUUAACUGAUGCCAUUUUAGGUAACAAAGGUGAAUAUCUUCAUGAACUAUGCAGGAUAAGAAGAAAUGAAUGGCUAAUUUGACCAUAUUAAGAAACUGUGCUCCACAAAAACACCUGAAAGAAAGCAUAAAGAAGUUACAAAUUGAAUUGAUAUUUACAGGAAGUGUUCAUCUAAAGUUGGGAUGCUCUGUACCUGAAGGUUUAGUAAAACAUGCUGCAAAGCCAUCUGGAUGUGGUGUUUCCUUUGUGGGAAGAUAUUAAAUACAGACUAAAUUGCUUUAAUAAUUAAUGAACCAUUCAUAGAACUGCAAUUUCUUCUUGAUUCAUAUCUGUUUCAUCUCUCAGACAUCUUCAAAUAAAGAAGUGGUUGUAAACGAUCAGCAGAGUAAUGGAGAUAUGAAACAAACCCAGAAUUGUACAACAGUACCAAUCACACAGACUCUCAAGUACACGCUGAGCAGACAAGGACAUUUGGAAAAAGAAGCUUGGAAUGCAGUCAGCCAUCAUAGCCCAGUUAAUGUCUCUAUGGAUGGAAUUCCUUGCAUUCUUUUCUGGGCCAAAAGAAUAACAAUAAAAUUUAAGAAUCAGACCUGGCUGGAUUUUACAGAUGAAGCUUUUGGCCAGAAGGCAGCAGUGGACACUAGCAACUCAAAUUGCAGUGAAGAAAGUGCCACUUUAUCUAUGAAGUUUGGUGAUGCUGAAAGUCCCAAAGGUCUUGAUAUAAGAUUCACCCUUACCAAUUACAAAAAGUGGUACAUCCAGAGCUGGUUUAGUUUGCACAGAGUUGAGAUUAUUUUCAAUAAUUCGAUCCAAGCAACUUUUAAUGCCACUGGCAUAUAUGCUCCAUCGAGUUAUUCCUACCACUGCCAGCAUGUCAGCAGCCUGCAGCGUUAUGAUGCCCUCUUGUUGCCCAGCUACGUGGAUGAUACUUCAAGCCUGUGGGAGGUCACUUUUGUUGAUUUCCAGAUCCAAGGCUUUACCAUCAAGGGGAAGCAGUUUGCCAAGGCCCGAGAUUGUGCCUCUUCCUUCUCACCAGCAAUUCUGAUUGGCCUGGCCAUGUCCCUGAUCCUGCUGCUGGUGCUAGCCUACGCUCUGCACAUGCUCAUCUACCUGCGAUAUCUGGAGCAGCACUAUGAUUUCAUCACCUCUCCGGCCCACUUCCCCCACUUGAAACCUCGAGAUGCCGCAGAAGAGAAGGAGCUGCUGAGGAGCCAGGGGGUCGAGUGCUAUGAACUGAGAAGCCAGCAGAUCUGCAAAAUUUAUGUGUAACAGCACAGACCACUCUUCCUCACGAAGUCCACAAUGGCCAAUGAAAGGAGCGAUUUCUGUUGUGUCCUCUUUGACUUAUGAUAUAAAAUUUUUACCUUAUGGCUUGAUUUAAAAAAAAAGGAAAUACAUGCAAAAAAUACAUUUUGGAGCGUCCGCUGGCCUACUUGAAGCAAUGAAAAAGUUAUCCCAGGAACCCCACAGAAAUAAAUAUGAUUGUUGCCCCAAAUGUACUUUGAAAGCAAAGGGGUAUUUCAAAUUAAGACAAAAAAAAAAAAAAACCACGACAAAACCCAAACAACAACAACAACAACAGCAACAGCAACAGCAACAAAACCCAAAACCAAUGAUGCCAUUUAGAGCAGGGAAAACAAAUUUGGUCUUCCUUGUCUGUGCCAGUUUGGAUGUGCUAAGUACAGAAAUAAUAAAAACAAAGGUUAUCUGGAAGUUCUGAAUUUUAAGCAUUUUGUAAUAGUUUGUAUUUUUAAUUUUUUUACUGUUUAUUUAUUUUUGAGACAGAAUGCGAGUGGGUUAGGGACAGAGAGAGAGGGAGACACAGAAUCCGAAGCAGGCGCCAGGCUCCCAGCUGUCAGCACAGAGUUCCACCAGGGCUCAAACCCACGAGCUGUGAGAUCAUGACCUGAGCUGAAGUCGGAUGUUCAACUGACUGAGUCACCCAGGCGCCCUGUCACAGUUUGUAUUUUUAGAAAUUAUAUCCCAAUUUUGUUUUAAAAAUUAGUCUCUUUUACAGAGAUUUUUAGGGAAGAGUAUUGUCAAUAUGGUAGAACACUUUAUUCAAAGGCUGUCUUGUCAUUUUACUUUGCUGUUCAGAGGCAGUCCAGUUCAAUUUGUGAAGGAGGGGUAAUAGUUUUGGAGUUUCUUACGUUUUCCUUCUGGCUGUGGUGGCCAGGCUUGUCUCGUUUGUCUGGUGCAGACCUGCAUUAACCCUCCUAGGUACCACCUGAAAUAAACAACUGAGCUAAGAACAGGGUGCUUGCUAUGCAAACAGCUUCAAGGCAAAUCCCGUAAACUCCCUUCCAAUGAAAUAGUGUUCCUCCAACUCUUCUUUAAUAGAAAUUCUGCAGUUACCACUACUCUUCUUACAACCACCUUUUUCCGUAUGGAUUUCUCUAUAGUCUUUUCCAGUUCUUGACAGAUACUAAAGAUUGACUUGCUCUGGAUUUUCACCAAAGCUUCCCUAACAUGCCUUGUAUAUUAAAGAGAUAUCAUGUAUAGAGAGUAAAUUGCAUUUCCCUAAAGAGGGUUCCAUAUGUGAUCUGCGCAAAACUUAGAAAGCUGAUGGGAACUAUGUGGGAUAGAGGUCAUGCACAGAGAAAUUGCAUCUUUUGGGCAGCUGUGGUAAUGAGUUUACAGUCAAUUCUGUGGUCUAUAACUAAGAAUCUUGAUUCAUGUACUUAUUUAUACCAAAGUUGAUCAUAGGGAACACACCCUCAAGAACAUAGGAAUCUAGGAUUGAUUAUUUUAUCUGUUUAGUCUAAAACCAUUGGGGACUCUGUUAGCAUUAGAGAGUGGGAAAAGGAAAGAUCAUGUCAUUCUGUAAUGAAAUUUUCAUUGUGGUCGCUUUGAGUGUCCAUUGGUAGUAGAAAUGAUUGCUGUGGUAGGCCAAAGGUACUUGAAGGGUAAACAUAACUUAUGGUUCAA